AUGAAUCCUUUGCGUACGGUCUGCCUGAUGAUGGGCGUCUUGGCCUUGGCUAGUGCCAAUAGUGCCGGUCCACGUCCCAUGGGCAUGAAUUCGAAUCGUAAUACGAUUAAGCAUAACAGCAUGAAACCCACAUCAUGGAUGUCCAUAUCGACAUUGGAAUCAUUGCCUUCGCUGAAGGAAAUCAAAUUGGAAAAAUUGGAGGAGUUGUCGGCCUAUGAGGGUGCUGAUUUAAUUAAUCAAUUGUACCACCUCUCCCAGGCCACACAAGCCUUGGAGCCAACCUAUGCCCCCAAGGCCAGUGAAAUCCCUGCCUUCCUUGUAACCCCCGAUAACCAGAAAAUCGAUUUCCAAUUGAACGAAUUGCCCCGCGUAGCCCGUGAACAAUCCCACUGCGGCAAACAGGAUGUUACCGUUUUCAUCACCGGUCUCCCCUCGAAAUUGGAAAGUGUCAAGAAAGCCACCCGCAGUUUGGUCCAUGCCUAUAUGCAACGUUACAACGAAAAUAGCUCCUCAUCCCAGAACUCUGCCUCCAGCAGCAGCAGCCAUCACCAUAACCAGCACAACAAGAACAAACAACGUAACGACAGCGAUGAAGAUGAUUCCUCCUCCCAGAACCCUUCCGGUUGUUUGAUUGUUGUUAAAUUCGGUGAUACCAUCAGCGAUUUUGAGGAAUACGCCACCGUUGACACCGAAAAGGUUGGCAAGGAAGUCGGCAAAGUUUUGGUUCAACUUUUGGAGAAGACCAAAUGCAAUAGCGAUAACAUCCACUUGAUCGGUUCCAAUUUGGGCGCCAACAUUGCUGGUGCUGCCGGUCGCCAAUAUACCAAGGAAACCAAUCAUCAAUUGCGUCGCAUCACCGGUUUGGACCCUGUCAAAUCCUUCGCCAAGGAUCCCGAAACCUUGACUGGCUUGGCUCGUGGUGAUGCCGAAUUCGUCGAUGCCAUCCACACCACCGCCAACAGCAUGGGUACCUCUGCCCGUUCCGCUGAUGUUGAUUUCUAUCCGGAAGGUCCCAGCGAGGCUGUCCCCGGUGCUGAUAACAUUGUGGAAUCUUCCAUGCGUGCCACCCGCUACUUUGCCGAAUCUGUUGUACCAGGCAAUGAACGUAACUUCCCUGCCGAAUCUGCCCACUCUUUGGAUGAGUACAAGAGCAGCAACACCUCCGGUCGCCGUAUCUAUAUGGGCAUCAACACCAACUUCAAGGCUGAGGGUGAUUACAUGUUGCAGGUGAACAACAAGAGCCCAUUCGGACGUAGCACCCCUGCCCAAAAGCAAAAGAACUCCCAUGGUGCCCACAAAUCAUGGAAGAUGUCCCAAGAUGAGGAAUAA